AUAAUAAUAAUAAUAAUAAUAAUAAUAAUAAAGCAAAACUCAAUUUCUCUUUUUCCCCCACAUGCAUUUGUUCCUGUUUUACUGUGAAAUUGUGAAAUUUAGAUGCUCUAUCUAUCUAGCUAUCUGUCUGUCUGUCCGUCUGUCUGUCAUCUUCAUAGUACUCCACAAGGAAAAAAUGAAUCAGAAAUGUCCAUAUUGUCCAACAUGGCAUAUAGCGUAAUAACAAGCUCAGUGUAAAAGCUGUUCCACCAAUUCUCCAUUAAGUCACUAUUUGUAGCUCACAAUUCUGCAAUCAGAAUCAAACCGACGACCGUGACAGGCUCCUAAAGUGCCAUCUCUUUCCAGUCCGAUGUGUAACUGCUGCUCCACACACAGGGCAGGGAGGCCAUCAAAAACUCACUUAUUCCCACCCUGCCACUUCAAAAAGCCAUUAAUCUGCCACCAACCAAUCCGGAGCUGCCGUCCUACACGGUGACCAAUCAGGUCCUCUGCAUGCUGCGUGCUUGUCCAGUUGAGGCCCAGCAAACUAACGCAGGGUCAUCAUUAUCAAGAGAGUGCCACAUCUGUGCAAGGUAGCUCGUGUUUAUGAUCUGAGAGCGAGGUGCUGACUUUGAGGGCAUUUAUCUGCAGGGAGUAGCACUGGGUUAAAGGUGGCGAGACGCUUGGUGUUGACAUUGGAGUUGCAGUACAAAUUAUGGAACAAAACAGGUGAAAGUUGAGGAGAAGAAAUUUUAAGACUCAAACUGACUCAAAAAAAAAAAAAAAAAAAAAAACUUCAGCAAGUUCUUCAUCUCGUUCUGGAGGGCAUUCCCAAAGUGGAUCAGACCAAAGCUGGCCUUUGAUGUGAGAUCCUUCUGACCAUUAAAUAUUCAAUUUUCACCCUGGAUCCAUCAUUAUUGGACAAAGACGCAGGACACUCGCUGGUUCCCAUGGAGCCCAACCUGUCCGGGUCUUUAUUCUUCAAUAAUGGCUUGAACCAGUUCCCGACGGACAUCAAGGCGCCUAUGUGCCAAUACUCGGUGCCCAACAGCUUCUACAAGCUCAGCCCUGGCAACCUGAACGCCCAGCUGCAGGCAGGCACGCCACACGGCAUCAGCGACAUCCUGAGUCGCUCUGUAGUGGGAGCCCCAGCUAACACCGCCCUGCUCUCAGGAUAUUCCAGCAUGGGGGGUUUCAGUGGCACUGUGCCCACUCCAGGGGUGUAUUACAACCGGGAUUACACCCCAACGACUUUGGGUGCUUUCCCCAAACCUAGUGAGUGUCCGGGAGUGAAGGGACGCACCAGCUGCUGGGUGGAGGGAGGCUACGACUGGAGAGGAGGAAGACAACAGUGCAGCAACUAUAGCGGGCACCCUGGUGAGACAGUGGGCAGAAAGAAACACACGCGGCCCACCUUCAGCGGGCAUCAGAUCUUCGCCCUGGAGAAAACCUUCGAGCAGACCAAAUACCUAGCGGGACCAGAGAGAGCGAGACUGGCAUACUCACUGGGCAUGACCGAGUCACAGGUCAAAGUGUGGUUCCAGAACCGGCGCACUAAGUGGCGUAAGAAGAGCGCGUCCGAGCCGAGCUCCACUCAGGCGUCCAGGGCCGAGACACAGGGCGCCUCAGACACCGAGCUCGAGGACGAGGAGUACAACAAACCUCUGGACCCCGACUCGGACGACGAGAAGAUCCGCCUGCUGCUGCGCAAACACCGCAGAUCGUUCUCAGUGCUACGCCUGGGGCCGCAUCACGUCUGACACACACACACACACACACACACAUCUACAUAUGUAUAUGACAUAAUGUUUACAUGCUGAAUCCUAAUACACACACACACACACACUAUAUAUAUAUAUAUAUAUAUAUAUAUAUAUAUAUACUGUUUCACUUACUCAAACUUGCAGCAUCUCCAGAUGAUAGUUUCAACCCCAUGUUUCUGUAUAUAAUUUCCAAAAUGCUCUUUAUUUAUUGAACUUGACACGCAAGAGGAAUUGUUCCGCACGACUCGGGUAUGCUACCGUGAGCAAUGUCGA